CCGAAUGGGCUCGCCCACGACAGAUAUAGGGGGGGAAGAAGAAGGAAGGAGGGGAAACAGACUGUAGGAGCGCUGCUCCGACAAGCGCCAUGGCGGCAUGUCGUUUCCGGAAGAGCAUUGCGGUUCAGCUUUCACAUGUUCUAGAGAUGCCACCAGAAAACUUGAUAAAAUCAAUAUGUGCUGUUCCAGUAUCCAAAAAAGGACGAUCUGCUGAUUUCCAGCUUUUUGUGAGUUCUGUGUUAAAUGUUAACUCUAACAGUCAUUCAGGGGCAGACAUUCAGCUUCACGCCCAGAAGUUGGCAAAGCAGCUAAAAUGUGAUACAGUAAUUAGUGAAAUCAGCACAGGUAAAGAAACUGUGGACUUCACAAUAGACAGAGAAUUAUUAACAAAGACAGUGUUGCAGCAGGUGUUUGAAGAUGGACCUAAGUAUGGCUUAAAAAGUGAACUUCUCUCAGAAUUGCCGAAAGGAAGGGUGCUAGUUGACUUUAGUUCGCCCAACAUUGCAAAGAAGUUUCAUGUAGGUCAUUUGCGUUCUACAAUAAUAGGAAAUUUCAUAGGAAAUCUCAAAGAAGCACUUGGACACCAUGUUACAAGAAUAAAUUACCUAGGAGACUGGGGCAUGCAGUUUGGUCUGUUGGGAGCUGGCUUCCAGCGGUUUGGCUCUGAAGAAAAACUGAAAUCUAAUCCUUUACAGCAUCUUUUCGAGGUCUACACACAGGUCAACAAGGCAUCAGAAGGACAGGAAAGCAUUAGAAACCAGGCCCAAGAUUUUUUCAGAAAACUGGAAGCUCAUGAAGAAGAAGCAAUGUCAUUGUGGAGGCAUUUUAGAGAUAUUAGCAUUGAAGAAUAUACCAAAAUGUAUAAGCGUCUUGGAGUCAGGUUUGAUGAACAUUCAGGAGAAUCAUUCUAUCACGAGAAAAGUCAAGAAGUUCUAAAGUUAUUGGACACCAAAGGACUCCUAAGGAAAACAAAGGAAGGAAAAGGAGUAGUCUGCCUUUCAGAAAAAGAAGAUCCAGUUCUUGUGAUGCGUAGCGAUGGAACCUCACUCUACCUAACAAGGGACCUUGCCGCUGCCAUCGAUAGAAUGGAUAAAUAUAAUCCCAACGCUAUGAUCUAUGUGACAGAUAAAAGCCAGGCUUCUCAUUUUCAACAAGUGUUCCAAAUACUGAAGUUACUGGGUUAUGAAUGGACUGAAAGAUGCCAGCACAUGCCCUUUGGGAAAAUCCAAGGGAUGAAGACUCGAAAAGGAGAGGUGGUUUUCCUGGAAGAUGUGUUGGAUGAAGCUUGUUCCAUGGUGCUGGAAAAAAGUGCUUCUACAAAAGUAAUCAAAGAAGUGGACAAUCGUCUUGAGACUGCUGAAAGGAUUGGACUCGCAGCCCUUAUUAUUCAGGACUUCAAGGGGCAUUUAUCAUCUGAUUAUCAGUUUAGCUGGGAUCGUGUUCUCCAAAGCCAGGGUGACACUGGCGUCUUCCUACAAUACACACACGCUAGGCUGUACAGCUUAGAAGAGCAGUAUGGAGCAGUCGACAAAGUGACUCACAUUAACGCCGCAUGCUUACAAGAUCCACAAGCCAUUUCCUUAAUUCAGCAUCUUCUCAGAUAUGAUGAGAUUCUUUACCACUCUUCACAAGAUCUUCAGCCGAAGCAUAUUGUUAACUAUCUCUUGAAACUCAGCCAUUUAGCAGGUGCGGCUCAUAAAAAGCUCCUUGUGAGAGACAGUCUUCCGGAACUAGCAGAGGCAAGGCUUUGCCUGUUCCAGGCUGCUCGCUCCGUUCUGGCCAGUGGAAUGAAGCUUCUUGGAAUCAUACCUGUGAAUAAAAUGUAAUGGGAAGCAAUUCUUCCAUGCCUUCUCAAAAAUACAUUUGCUUUGGUGAA